UGUAACUGUCAAAAUGUCACUAUCUCGAAAUCGCACAAAAGACUUGAUGGAAACAAAUACAAAAUAGAAAUGGAUGAAAUAAAAACAAAGUUUUUAGAUUUGCUUAAUAAGCAGAAUAGACAAAUGAAAAUUCCUGCUAUGGGCUUUUCAGAUUAUUUCAUCCAAAAUGUUACCACAGAACCAGAAGUCAAAGCUAAAGUGCAGCAGACCCCAACCACAGACGAUGAUGAAAAUCAACAAAAAUCCGAUCAAGAAAUUCUUGAAGGCACCGAAAGUAUUUACUUCGAUCCAGAAAGUAAUCCCAGUCUAUAUGAGCUCGAAAAAGUUCUUAACGAUGGAGUUAACUUGGAAGCAAUCGAACAAACCAUGAGUACAUUAAAGAAACAACAAAAAGUAUUAUCUAAACAAGUUUUACAAAACAUUUUGGAGCAACGAAGUGCAUGCAAUGUUGAACUUGCUGCCAUCAAUGAUGUUCAAAAGCAACUUGAAGAAUCUCUGUGGACGUGUAGGAAGGCUCGAUCUUAUUUGAAUUAUGCAAAAACCAACUUGACAACAACUAGUCUUGAAAUUUUGGCUGCGUAUCGUAAGAGAGAGGUUCUCAAUGAAUUGCUAAAGUCAUUAAAUGCAAUCAAGAUACUUAAAUCUACGGACGUUGAAGUUCAAAACUUAUUAGCAGAAGGCAAUUUCUCAACAGCAAUAGGACUCCUUUUAAAAUGCAAAGACAAUGCAGCUGAAUACACUCAGUAUGAUAGCGUUCAAUCGCUUACAAAAAAACUGCAAGAAACAUUACUCCUAACUGAAUUCCAACUUGAUACAGUUUUAAAUGAGAUUAUACUUAAUUUUGAUAUAAAAAAAUAUGGCAAACUACAAGAAUCUUAUAAAUUAUUGAAUAAAUCUCUUUUCGCAAUGGAUCAGCUUCAUAUAAAUUUUAUUUCAUCAAUUCACUCGUCUGUUAAUUCAGUCGUACGUGCAUAUAACGAUCCCAAUAUGGAUGAGAACCUUAAAUAUUUAUUUGAACAACUUUGUGAACAAGUUGCAACCGACAAAUACAUUCCCUGUCUGAUAAGUUUAUGCAAAACUUGUUGGACAAUAUUAGCAUCCUACUAUCAAAUAGUAAUGUGGCACCAAAAUUACAAAUUAUACCCCGAAGACGCACAAGAAUCACCAGACAAUUAUAUCCAAGAGAAACUGAAAAAAGGUCAAUCUCGUAUUUGGAAUGACAUCCAAUCAAAGAUGUGUGUCUAUUUAUCGAGCACAAAAUUGCGAACACUUAAACACGAACAAUUUAUUCAAGUUCUGUCGGUUAUUCAAAGACUACAAAAAGUUGGUAUUGAAUUUUGUGGAGAGUACUCGGAGAAAUUGAUUGCAACUAUGCAAGCGCAAAGUGAAGAAUUCUUUAAUAGGUAUCAUGUUUCUUGUUUGGAAGAAAUCUGCUUGUUUCUUGAUAAUGAGUCAUGGACAAUUGUUGAUUCAUUUAGUAAUAUCCUUCAAUUGCAAGAAUUUCGUUCAGUUCGUAAUACACUGCGACGGCACAAGUCUCCCCACAUUGCAAUCUUACCCACUGAGUCCAACAACAGCCCCAAUAGUAACAACAACUGUGAUGAAUUAGUUUCGGCACAUUCCCAUGACGGUGGCAGUUCUAUUUACGGAUCUUGUGGAUAUUUCCUUAGAUUUUCAGAAAAAAGUUCACCAUUUGAUGGUGGGUUGGAUGCAGCUAUGCUAGAAGAAGAUAUUCUUUCUGGUAUCGUUGAUGAAGCAUCGUGUUACUUUUCUGAAGAGAGCGAUGAUGACAAGAGUACACAAAGCAAAGAUGAUGAUGGUAGCGUUCAACAAGUUAUUGUUAAUAAUACAUCAUUGAAUGUCCUUCGAUGUAUUGGAAGAUAUUUGCAAAUGUGCAAAUUACUACAUUGUAUUUCACCAAAAAUAGUCAGCUGUAUGUUGGAAUUAAUUGACUUUUAUUGUUAUGCAGUUCACGAAGUCUUCGCUAAGGAUUCUAAUGUCCAAAUGGAAAAGUUCUAUACGAGUAAAAUUGAAGUCAAACUGAAGACAAUCGAUGAAAAAAUUAUUCCUAAAAUUAAAAUUUGGCCUUUAAAUUUUUCUUCAUUGUUAAAUAAUGAAUUAGCCAAUCCUGAUACACUCUAUGGACUAUCAUUAAGAAUAGUCGCUAUUGAGAGUGGAUCUUGCAUGAUCCAACAAUUCCAUUUAUUGAAAAACUAUCUUAAUCACUUGCUGCCUAUCAAUGAACGAAGUAUCCUAUCAGCUUUUUUUGAGAAUUCUGAUUUUAUAAAUAAUAUUGCACAUCCGGUUUAUACGUGUGUCACAUCAAAAAUUAUCGAUCUACCUGCUAUCCUUGCAAAUAUGUCUAAAGUUAAGUGGGAUAUUAAUCAUGUCAGUUUUCAACAUAGCGGUUAUAUUGAUGUUAUGAACAGGAAUGUUCAAACAUUUGCAAUGCGCCUAGAAGAGAUAGCUAAAGAAGUUCCUGUACCAUCGGUUGCAGUGUGGAAUACAAUGGCUCGUGUAGCUACCCAUUUAUUAGUCGAAGGGUUUUCCAAUGCAAAAAAGUGUUCAGCUGGUGGCAGAGCUCUGAUGCAGUUAGACUUUACAAAUUUCAUGUCAAUAAUAGAACUUAUUUCUGGUCUAAAAUUCAUCGAACAUCGAUCGUAUGUAGAUGUUUAUCUUAAAGCCUAUUACUUCCCCGUAGAACAAUUUGAAGAAUGGAUAGAAUCACAAAAGAAUCUCGGAAUCUACUCGAAAAAACAAUUAACCAAUUUAAUAAUGUGUGUGUGUUCUGGCAAUAAGCGGGUUAAACAAAAACUUUUGACUUCCUUAGAAAAUCUUAAUAAUAGUUUGCAAUAAUUUAUUAUAAAAAAAAAAAAAGAUUUUCACUAAUUGUACCUUUAGUUUUGUGUGUUAAUAGAAAAGAAUUAAAAGAAAAGUCCACACGUUAUCAAGAAAUAAACUGUAGUUAAUUAUUUAAAUUUGCAAAUCUCAUUUAAAAAAGUAAAUUAUGUUGAACACGAAACUAAAUAAAACACGAACCUAAAUGUACAGUCAGUGAAUAUAUUAAAAUUUUUCGCAAGUAACAUGCAUUAGUUAAAUUUAUAUUUUAUGUCUCAAAAUUAUUAUUUUAUUAAAAUUUUUAUUUCUAUCUAUAUGUAAGUAAUAACUUUAAUCAUUCCAAAAUUAUUUUUUGAAACAAAAUUGUUGUUGUAAACGAUCUCUCUUUCACAAACAAACAAUGCAGAUAUGAUGUGGUAAAUUUGUUGUCUUUGACAGUCUUAAAAGAAAAUCCCUUUACUUUUAAGCAAACUUAAUUUAAAUAGCUCUUAGGUGUUUGAAUUUUUAAUGCUAAGAGAUUAAAAUGUGGUGAAGGUUUUAAAUUUAACUUUCGAUGAUUGUUUAGAUAUCAUUUUCAAUUUAAUUUUCAACAAUUUG